UGUCAGUGCCACCGUCAUUGAGCCGUCACCUGUCCUGAAACAAAACAUUGAAAAUCCAUUUUUAAUUAGCAUGGCACCAUAAAAAUCCGAACCUAACUAUUAUUAAAGUGCAGUGUAUAAAUUAGCAAAACACCACAAUGUUUGCCAAGCCUUUCAAGGUCAAAUCCAACAACAGCCUUAAGAAUUCAGAAAAGAAGCACCUAGUGCAGCGGAUACUAGAUGAGUUCCCCACGGCGACAGAAGAGGUGGCGAAAGAGCUGGUGCCCAUGAAGAGCAGUUGUAGCUGCGUGAAGGUGACGGCGCACAGCGGGGAGGUGGUGGACGUGUACGUGGUGGGCGGGGCGGCGCUGCUGCUGGAGGCGCGGGGCGCGCUGGUGCCGACGGUGGCGGCGCUGUGGCGCGCGCCGCGCCUGCUGCCCGCGCUCACCGUGCACGACCCCGUGCUGGCUAAGAUCCAAGGAGGUGCUCCAUUGUACCUGCCGGGCGUGGUGAUACCGACUGGAGGCACCGGCUUCCCUAUGUUUGAGCGUGGCACCCCUGUAGCACUGCGGACAACUGACAAUGUGGCUGCUGCAGCUGUAGGACGUGCUGUGCUUGCGUCAGGGGAGAUGCUGAUGAAAGUCGGCGGGGUAUGCGUGGAAAUGGUCCACUGGGUGGGCGACACGUUGAGUCGCGAGUUCAAGUUCGGCCGGCUCGAGAGACCGCGGGCCGACCCCGCCCUGGUCGCCGCUCCGCCUCCGUCCGCCGGGGACGGACUCGCCGACCGGUUACAUCAGGUGCACAUCAAGCGGGAGGAGUGGCCGGCGCUCGGGCGCGGGGCCGCCCCCGCGCCGGCCCCCGCGCCGGCCCCCGCCCCCGCGCCGGCCCCCGCGCCGGCCCCCGCCCCCGCGCCGGCCCCCGCGCCGGCCCCCGCCCCCGCGCCGGCCCCCGCGCCGGCCCCCGCCCCCGCGCCGGCCCCCGCGCCGGCCGCCGCCCCCGCGCCGGCCCCCGCGCCGGCCCCCGCGCCGGCCCCCGCGCCGGCCGCCGCCCCCGCGCCGGCCCCCGCGCCGGCCCCCGCCCCCGCGCCGGCCCCCGCGCCGGCCCCCGCCCCCGCGCCGGCCCCCGCGCCGGCCCCCGCCCCCGCGCCGGCCCCCGCGCCGGCCGCCGCCCCCGCGCCGGCCCCCGCGCCGGCCCCCGCGCCGGCCGCCGCCCCCGCGCCGGCCCCCGCGCCGGCCCCCGCCCCCGCGCCGGCCCCCGCGCCGGCCCCCGCCCCCGCGCCGGCCCCCGCGCCGGCCCCCGCCCCCGCGCCGGCCCCCGCGCCGGCCGCCGCCCCCGCGCCGGCCCCCGCGCCGGCCCCCGCGCCGGCCCCCGCGCCGGCCGCCGCCCCCGCGCCGGCCCCCGCGCCGGCCCCCGCCCCCGCGCCGGCGCUACACACGGGGGCGCCGGAAACUGAUACACACAUUUUCCUAAUGUCAUCAGCAGAACCCAUGGAGGGAGGAGACGACGGGAUUCCUAAGGACAUGGACGGAUUGCUGGAGUGGGCGAUGCUGGGCUUCCUCAAGUUACACGCGAAGAGUGUGGAACUGCCAUUACUCUCCAGUCUGCUCUAUAGGAAUUAUUUGUUACCCCUCUGUCCCCCGGAUCGAACGAUGGACGUCAAAAAGUCCUCCUAUAAAAAAGUGGGGAAGUUCUUAGAAGCUAUGCAAAAGGAGGGCUACCUCCAAGUCCGCGAGCUGGAGAAGGGCGUGGACGCCGUGACCGCGCUGAACGCGCUGCACCCGCGCGUGCGCAGCCACGCCCCGCCCGCGCCAGCCCCGCCCGCCGCCGCCGAGGCGGACGACGACGAUGGCGUGGAGUACUCGCCGCCGCAGGUGCGGGAGAUGUUCUCUGUCACUGCCGCAGUUUCCGACUUAUUGUCGCUCAAAAAGGGCUCCCUCCUCUCGGCCGCCGAGCUGCGCACUUCGCUGACAGAGUACGUGAAGGCACGAGGGCUGACAGCGCCCGCGCAGAAAGGUGCCGUCGUACUGGAUGCCACGCUCGCCAGGGUUCUGCAGGCGCAAGAACAGGAGAUCAUAAAAUGGGACGCACUAAUGGCGGGCGUGCAGGCCAAGCUCACGCCGUGCACGGAGAUGAAGUUCGCGGACGGCACGUCCAGACUCACCAAGGCCAAGUUGGACCCCAUACGGAUGCAGGUCGUCAACCGCAGCGGGAACAAGAAGGUGACGCUAGUAUCAAACCUGGAGGCCUUCGGCUUCACCCUGCCAGAGUUAGCCCGAGCCUGCCAGCGAGGCGUGGCGGCCUCCUGCGGCGUCACGCGCUCGCCCGGCUCCAAAUACGACCAGCUCAUGCUGCAGGGCGAUCAGCAAUACUAUGUGGCCAGACUGCUAAUAGAGAAGUAUGGCCUACCCAAGAAGUUCGUAGAAGGAGCCGACAAGGCACUCAAGAAGAAGAAGGGCAGCUAACCUCCGCACCACAUUCACCACUACUGACCCGUGAUACUAACUGUGUAAGAAAGGAUCAAUAAAAAUAUGAACUGCUUAAAA